AUGGAUAUUCUUAAUAUUGACGUACGUCGACAUAUGCUAUCACUGUUUGUUGAGAGAGAUGAUGCUUUGUGUUUGUUACGUCAAUUCCUAAUGCUGAACAGGCAGUGGAGCGCUCUUGCUGUGGAACACCUGUAUAAAGACCCCUGGACAAGAUGGCAACAUCAGUUUGUUAAUCAGCCAGUACGUGCUAAACAAUUAAUAGAUACAUUUAACAAAUGUCUACAAAGCUACGAAACAAAUAAUUCCACCACGAUUGCUAUCGAUCGUCCAACCAGACGUUCUCGUCCUGACACCUACCUUGUAACUACUAGCAAGUUCGAAAUUCCUCUCUGGGAUUAUGUAUCAAUGGUAAAAAACCUCCACGUACCUGCUCUGUAUAAAUGUGUAGAAGUCUGGAAUCGUCACACUCCGAACAUGGAUAAUUCACAAGAGUUCUUGUACCGCAAGUUCAAUGAAUUGUUCCAGGCCUUUGUGCAAAAAGCACAAAUCAAAGCAUGCACUUUCGAAGAAUCAGCCGAGAAAUCAUCAUAUCCUCAAAGACCUGGACAGCUGGCGUUUAUGGCAACUUCCCUCCACGCUCGUGGUGUCGAUUUGAGAUAUCUCAACCUGGGUUAUUUCGAAUGUACCGAUGAAGACUUAAGAGUUCUUGCUGCGAAUUGUAAUCAACUCGAGACAUUUAAAAUACGUGCUACCAGAUGUAGCGAUGAGGCAUUGGCCAAUUUUAUCAGCUCACAAAAGAGAUUGAUAAAGCUAAAAAUAAGACUUGCCGGUGAUAUCAAAUCGACUCUGGAAGAAGCAAUCGGAUCUCAAGCUGCUUCGUUGGUAAAGUUGAGGAUAAUUGCCUGUAGAAUGAGUUCGUGCUCUAAACCAUUCAUCGGAAUAGCCGCAUGCAAGCAACUCAGAUCGUUAUAUAUCAGAAACGCAAGCGAUUUCACGACCAAUUCAUCCAUUUCGAUGAUGCCGGUUGCUAGAAAUUGUGAAUUCCAUAAUGUCGAUUUCUCGGGUACAAAUAUUCCAGCUGCCGUAAUUGCGACGAUAGCAGAAAUGUCUAAAUUGACUCUACGCAAGGUUCACAUAAAGCGAGCUAAUUAUUAUGUUGGCGAGGACGACGAAUUAUUGACACAGCAGUUGCUCGACAUGUCUGCCGGUAUUAGAGCAUUGGGUGAUCAUGCGAAGAACUUGGCCGAGUUUGAGCGUAACAUUCUUCCAAUUGAAGCUGAUGCUUUAAUCUACAUGUUGAGGUUGAUCGGACAUCAACUGCAUAGGUUGGAAAUUGGUUCCAAUGCUAUGGCAUCCAGAGAAUCGUCCGAUCUAGUUACAGCAAUUGGUUGUUACUGUCCUAACAUAACUAGCCUUGAUAUAUCAUGUUUUCUUUUCAGUGAAGGAGCGUUUUCAGAGAUACUAAGAGGAUGUAAUAAGCUGCAGACGCUCUAUCUUCAUAACAUACCUAUUGUAAAUGAUACGUUCUUACAUAUGAUUGGGGAGGAAUUAGGAGGUACGCUGAAGGAUCUAUACUUGAGCAAUCAUCGUGCAAGCGUAGAAGCAGUAGCGGAAUUGGACCAAAUAAUGGAUGUGAUUGAUGAAGAGGGUUACGAAGAUGAAGAUUAUUAA